GUAGUUAUGCAAUGUAAAUAUGUAAUGGACCUAUGCUGAAGAAAACCAUUUUGUAGUCAAAUCAAAUGUCUGGAUAUUGUAAUUUUUGGAGUUAUCUGAUACAACAUUUGACUACUGCAUUUUUUGUUAAAGACAAUCCAUGUCAAAGGGAUAUUUUUACUACCAAAGUUAUAUAUUCAUCAAUACUAAAAAAAGAUUUAAAAAAUUGCAGUAAUAACCACUUCCCAUCUUCCAAUUUAAAUUUAGAUUUCUAUCACUACUUGUUGUUUCUCCUGGGUAUCUUAUUAUUUCGUUGUUGUUUUUGUUUGUUGCUAUUGUCUCUUUUUUCAAUGUUUGCUCAGCUAAAGGUCUUUCGGAAACAAUCUCACAACCUCUCUAUCUUCUCAAAGAUUAAAGAGCAUCUUCAUUUAGAGCUUUUGAUCAAUAUUCAUGAUGAGAGCUGAAAAGGCAUCAGUCUCUAGGACUAGAUGCUCUUAUCAUGUCUACUUGAGUUAUAGAGGACACGAUAUCAGCAUGAACUUUAUCAAUCUCCUACACACUGCAUUGACUGAUGUAGGUAUUCAAACAUUCAAGAAACACAGUGAAGCUAGAAAAGGAAAGAUUGUUGGAUCAGAAUUGCAAAAGGCAGUCAAGGAAUCAAGGAUUUCAAUAAUUGUAUUCUCAGAAGAUUACGGAUAUUCUAGAAGGUGUCUAGAUGAACUUGUGAACAUCCUUGAACGGAAGCAAAGCACUGGUCAUAUGAUUCUACCUGUGUUCUAUCGUGUAGAUCCAUCCCAUGUUAGAAAGCAGAGAGGGUCUUAUGAGAAAGCAUUUCAUAAUUACGAAGAGCAGAUCAUGGUGGAGGCGGUUGAAAGAAGGAAUGAGCGCAUAUCAAAGAUAAAGAUAUGGAGAGCAUCUCUCAAGGAGGUUGCAAAUAUGGCAGGGAUAGUUCUAGAAGAUGGGGAUGAGCUGAAGUUUAUUCAAGAAAUUGUUGAGGACAUUUGGGGUAAGCUGUUUCGCAAAGUUUUGAGUUUUGCCCCAUAUCCAGUUGGAAUAUAUUCCCGUGUAAAAGAGAUUACUUUCUGGUUACAAGAUAGCUCGACUAAUUCUCACACAUUGAUGAUUUUUGGAGAACCUGGAAUAGGGAAAACAACCAUUGCCAAAGCUCUUUUUAACCUACAUUGUGACAGAUUUCAAUGCAGCAGUUUUCUUGGAGAUAUUCGAGAAAUUGCAAAAGAAAGCUGUGGUUUGAUUAACCUGCAGAAAAACCUUCUUUCAGAUCUUUUGAAAGAGGAUAAGAUUGAUCUAAAUGAUAUUGAUAGAGGAGCUUCCACGAUCAAAGAAUGUUUAGUCCAUAAAAAGUUUCUUCUUGUUCUUGAUGAUGUUGAUGAUUUGAAUCAACUGAAAGCAAUACUUGAUUCAAGAGAUUGGAUUCCUCCAGGGAGUAAAGUUAUUAUAACAACUACAAAUGAACGCUUGCUAAAGCCUCAUGAUGCUUGUGUGAUGUAUGAAAGCAAGAGGCUGGACAAUCACGAGGCACUUAAGCUCUUCAGCUUGCAUACUUUUGGACAAGACCAUCCCGUGAAGGAGUACAUGAAGCAAUCCAAGCAGAUAGUUAAACAUUGUCGUGGGGUUCCUUUAGCUCUUCAGGUUCUAGCCUCUUCGUUACGUGGUGGAAGUAGUAUAGAUAUGUGGGAAGGUGCAAUAAAGAAAUUAGAAAGAUAUUCUGAAUGCCAUAACCAUAAAGUUCUUGAACUAAGCUAUGAAGCUUUGCCAGAUGAUCAUGAUAAAAAUGUAUUUCUUGAUAUUGCUUGCUUCUUUGUCAGGAAGGACAAAGAUUAUACAAUCAAAGUUCUGGAUGAAUGUGGUUUCCAUGCUACUGCUGAAAUACAGAAUCUCAUUGAUAGAUAUCUCCUGACAGUGACUCCUGAUAACAAGCUAAUGAUGCAUCAGUUACUACAGGAAAUGGGUAAAGAGGUCAUCUGUGGAGAAUCACCCAUAGAACCCGGUAAACGCAGCAGAAUCUGGCACCACAAGGAUGCCCUCAGUAUACUGCAGGAAGAAACUGUUACAGAAUCUAUUGAAGGGCUUGUUCUUAAGAUGUGUGGUUCAGAUGAAAGCAAACCAUACAGACAUGAAAGUAUAUCAAAAAGGCCUUACUCUGACGAUAUACAGAGUACUUCAACGUUGACUCUCAAGAAAAAAUCAUCAAAGAGGCUUUCCCUAGACUUUUUCUCUUCGUGUCAAGGGAAUUAUGUUUCAGCAAGAUCACAGACUGUACAAAAUGAAGCUGGAAUGAGUGCUAAAGCAUUUUCUAAAAUGCAAGAAUUGAGAUAUCUUGAGAUGGAGAAUGUGCAGCUUUCUGGCACCUUUGAAGGAUUUCCAAAGAAGUUAAGAUGGAUGUGCUGGUAUGGAUUCCAAUUAACAUCCUUUCCAAGUGGCUUCCCUCAUGAAAAUCUUGUAGUUCUUGAAAUGAGGAAUAGCAACUUGCAGCAAACCUGGGAGGGAGCAAAGUCUCUACGAUCAUUGAAGAUACUUGAUCUUGGUCGCUCACAUAGUCUCAUAAAGACCCCUGACUUCUCUGGACUGCCGAAUCUAGAAAGAGUGAUUCUUGAAGACUGCAUAAGUUUGGUUAAGGUCCAUGAGUCCAUUGGAAGACUCCAUAAACUUCUUGUCUUAAAUCUGAAGGGAUGCGAGAACCUUAGGAAGCUUCCAAGGAAAAUUGGGCAAAUCAAAUCCUUAGAAGAACUAACACUUUGUGGGUGCUCGAAGCUGGAGUUUUCCACAUUAAUGAGAAAUACUAAAUAUUUGCAAUCAUUUCCACGGAAUGUGACUAAAAGAGAUCAAUUUUCCUCUAAGGCUGAAAAGCCAAUAUGCAGCGACUCUCUGUCUGCUAAAUCAGUCUAUUCAAUCUUCUGGUCACUGUGGCCAAAAUCAGCAGGUUCAAUGUCACAACUCUUUCAGAUCACGUUACAAAGUUUGGAUAUUUCACAUUGCAAUCUGACUGACACCGUUAUUCCCUACGAUCUUUCUGUACUAUCCUCCUUGAAAUAUCUGAGUCUAAGAGGAAAUUUCAUUUCCACCCUGCCAGAGAGCCUGAAGAGCCUAACUAUGCUGCAGUCCUUUCAGUUAGCUGACUGCACAAGGCUCCAGUUGAUCCCUGAGCUUCCGUUGAGCUUACAAAUAUUGAAUGCAUGUAACUGCAGAUCACUGAACAGAGUAACAAAUUUACCCAACUUCAUGAGGACACUUGACUUGCACUUGCAGAAUUGUGAAAAACUGGUCGAGGUUCAGGGAGUAUUCAAGCUAGAUCCUAUUGAAGACAUUCAUGAUAUCCUCGAUCUGUCUUGCCUAGAUAAUUUGGAGGUUAUAGAAGUAGAUGUGGAACUUUGCAACUAUCUGACCUCAACGAAAAGCAAAGGUCCCGUUCAGGGACUAUACGAAUUUGGUAUACACAACAUUUACAUUCCUGGAGGCAAGGUUCCUCCCAAGUUCAAUAAUAUAAGCACAGGGAGCUCAAUAGCUUUCACUGUGCCUCAACUUCCUAAUGCUAAGAUCCAAGGAUUAAAGAUAUGUGUUGCUUAUGCAGAAUACUAUGAUGAAUGUUUCAGUGAAAGGCACUUCAUAAAAGUGAGCAAUAAGACCAAGGGAAUCAAAUGGAUUUAUGGUCCAACAAUUUUUGGAAUUGCAAGUCCUGGUAAUCCAAUGCUAUGGUUUAGUCAUUGGAAGUUUGGAAAUCAGCUAGAAAGAGGAGAUCAAGUUGUUGUUUCAUUAAGCGUGGGUUGCUUAGUUAAGGAAUUUGGUGUCCAUCUUGUGGGCAGCGAACAAAGUGAGGAAGACAACCUAUCUAAGAAUGCAGAGGGAUGUCGUCGAGCUUCCUAUCCACUACAGCAUGCAAUUGGUGGAGAUUUGUCUCCUUAUGAGCUAAGUUCAGCUUUGGUAGGUGCAGGGUGGCGUACGUUUAAGGAUGACAAUGAGAUUGAGAGAGGGGAAAAUAUUAAGACGGAAUUGGAGAAUGCAAUUAUAAAUUCGAGGAGUUCAAUAAUUAUCCUCUCGAAGAACUAUGCUACUUCGACGUGGUGCCUUGAUGAACUUGUCAAAAUCCUUGAACAUAAGAGGACAAAAGGGCAUGCAAUUCUUCCUGUCUUCUAUCAUGUCGAUCCUUCUGAAGUUAGAGAUCAGAAAAAGAGUUUUGCAGAAGCAUUUACGAGAUAUGAGAGGCAAAUUGAAGCUGAAAGUCAUGAAGGAAAGAGGGAUUGGAUGGAUAAGGUCCAAAAAUGGAGAGCAGCUCUUGGAGAGGUGGCAGAUUUGGGUGGUGUUCUAGUGAACAAUCAAGAGGAUAGGAAGGAAUCAGUGUUCAUUGACGAAAUUCUUCAAUUCAUUGAGGAUAUAUUGAACCGGACAAUAUCAAGUGUUGCACCUUACCUGGUUGGGAUCAGUUCACGGGUCAAAAAUAUCAUUUCAUGGUUGCAAGACGGAUCACAUGAUGAUAAUGUUAUUGCAAUUUGCGGGAUGAGCGGAAUUGGGAAGACAACUGUUGCCAAAUAUGUUUUCACUACAAACUUUAGAAGAUUUGAAGGUAGUAGCUUUCUUGCAAAUAUCCAAGAUAUUUCUCAGCAACCUGAUGGUUUAAUUCGCUUACAGAAGCAGCUCCUUUAUGAUUUAACUGGGAAAAAGAGUAAAAUACAAGAUACUGAUGAAGGGAUCAUCAAGAUACGAGAUGCUAUAUGUUUUAAAAGAGUUCUAGUCAUAUUGGAUGACAUUGAUCAACAAGAACAAAUUCAUGCUAUAAUUGGAAUGAAAAAUUGGUUCUGUCCAGGAAGUAAAAUAAUCAUAACAACUAAGAAUUCAUGUUUGCUGAAGGUUCAUGAAAUUCAAAAAUUCCAUAAAGUCAGGGAAAUGGGUAAUGCUGAAUCACUGGAGCUUUUCAGUUGGCAUUCCUUUGGGGAGGACCACCCAGCUGACGACUACAUGGAACUAUCCAAAAAGGUGGUAAAGCAUUGUGGAGGGCUUCCUCUGGCACUUCAAGUCUUGGGUUCUUCUCUUCGUGGGAAAAAUAUCGAUGUAUGGAAGAGUGCACUAGACAAGUUGGAAGCGAUUCCUGCGAGCCAGAUAAUUAAAAAAUUAAAAUUUGGGUAUGACUCAUUAAAAGAUGAUCAUGAUAAGAACUUGUUCCUUGACAUUGCCUGCUUCUUUACAAGAAAGGACAAAGAUUAUGUUAUUGCAGUGCUAGACGAAUCUUAUAUUUAUACAAGAGUUGGAAUUCAGAAUCUCACAGAUAGAUUCCUGUUGAUGAUUGAGGGUAACAAGUUGAUAAUGCAUCAAAUGCUUCGGGACAUGGGCAGAGAAAUAGUCCGUCAAGAAUCAUCUAAGAAGCCUGGGAGGCGCACCCGGUUGUGGCACUACAAGGAUUCAUUUAAUGUAUUGAGAGAAAACAUGGGCUCAGAGACAAUUGAAGGUCUUUUCUUUGACAUGAAUAUGGUAAAGGAAGACCAGUCCUUCAUGGGAAAUUCUAGCAGUGGAAGAAAGUGUCUGUUUUCAGAAUUUAAGAGUCAUCGGUUCGGUUUCUCCAGGCAUCCCAACAAAUUUUCUUCAAAAACCUUUAAUGAGCUUGAAUUGGGAACGAAUCUCUUUACAGUUAUGAACAAGCUAAGACUGCUUCAGAUAAAUUAUACACACCUAAGUGGUGCUUAUAAAGAUUUUCCCAAGAACCUGAGGUGGCUAUACUGGAGAGGUUUUCCUUUGAAGUGUGUGCCAAAUGAUUUUCCAUUGGAGAGCUUGUCUGUUCUUGACAUGCGGAACAGCUGUCUGGAAAGACUGUGGGAAGGAAGAAGAGUGCUUCCACUGGUAAAAAUUCUCAACCUCAGCCACUCUCAUUCUCUUUUCAGAACUCCUGAUUUUUCAGGACUCCCAAUGCUGGAGAAGCUUAUUCUCAAAGAGUGUGUCAAUCUCAUUGAGGUUCAUGAAUCCAUUGGAACCUUAGAGGCUCGGCUCAUUUUCUUAAAUAUCAAAAACUGCAAAAGACUUCAGAAGCUACCUAGAGAGAUUUGCAAGCUAAAAGUUCUUAAAACCUUCAUAAUAUCUGGCUGCUCAAAUCUUGUAGAGUUGCCAAGAGAUCUGUGGAGGAUGCAAUCCUUGGAAGUGUUUCUUGCCAAUGAAAUCCCAAUGAGUCAAUUACCCUCUAAGAGAAAACAGAACCCAAUAUGGCAUGCACUUAUCCGGUCUUGGGUUCUGAAGCCAAGAAAAGUUCUAGAGCUUCCGUGGGUUUGUUUACCAAAAUCUUUGGUUAAUUUAAGUCUAUCUCAGUGCAACCUAUCUGAAGUUGCUUUUCCAAGGGACUUCAGUAAUUUAAUGUCAUUGCAGAACCUAAACCUCAGUAAAAAUCCAAUCAGUUGUCUUCCAGAUUGCAUCAGAACUCUUUCCAGGCUCAACAAUCUUGAAUUAGGUUCUUGUACAAUGCUUAAAUUUCUCAUAGACCUACCUCGUGUCCACAAUUUGGGGGUGGGAUAUUGCACUUCCCUAGAAAAAGUAACGUAUCUAUCAGUAGGGUGCCGUGCAAAAGUUUACCAUUUAAAUGGCUGUAAAGAACUCACUGAUAUGGAGGGAAGCUUCAAGUUGGAAGCCAUGGGAGGAAUUGAGAAAACAAUGAAGUCAUUGGAAUUAAGCAUGUGGGAUUCUGUCGGAAGCUUUGAAGUGAAAUUGUACAACAUGUCAACUCAUACAGAAAGUAGAGGACCAGUAAAGGUGUUGUUUGAAAGCGGAUUGAUCAGCAUAUAUCUUCCGGGGAGCAAGGUUCCUAAUUGGUUUUGUUACAAGAGUGCUGGAGCAACUUUAUCUUUCACUGUCCCUUCACCUCCUGAUCUCAAGAUCCAGGGCAUAACUGUGUGCUCAGUGUACACAAUUGACUGGAAAGUCUGGGUUCAGGGUAUCCAAUUUUAUUUGAUAAUCCAUAAUGAGCAGAAAAAUGUGAAACUGGUUUAUAGCCCAACUUGCUAUGGUCUUCCUGAAGGCCAAAAUGAAAUGUUAUGGUUCAGCCAUUGGAAAUUUCAGAGUCAGCUGGAUGCUGGUGACACCUUGAAUGUCACAGUUAUUACUAUGGAUGGUUUUAGCAUCAAGGAAUUUGGUAUUCACUUAAUGCACGGUGAGCAAGUAGACAUGGUUUUGAACUCAAACAGUCAAGAAAUGCAGCGAGAUUAUCCUUAUCAGGGGAUGAUACCUACCAAACGUCAAGGGCUUGUAGAUUUUUUCUGCUAUGGCCAUAUGGGGAUUGGAUUGGACUACAUUUUGCCCUACAUACCAUGAGAUCCAUGGAUGGGAAUACAUACCCGGUAAAAUCUUUGGAGGAGUUGGAUGUAAACUGUCUUAGCCAUCUCCUCAAGUAUAUUCUUUUCUCUUCAUUAGAAAUUUUAUUUUUCUAGAAAGAACUGUUUAUGUGGAAUUUGGAUGACAAUCAAUACUUCUAUCGUCAUCUUUUUCGUAUUUUUUUUUAAUGAUACACAUUUCUCUAAUUUUGAAGAAAUCUGUUCUGAAAUUCUCUAUUAA